AGGAAGUCUAUGUUGUAUUAUUUUAUACUCUGCGUAACACUGCUCUCUAACACAUGUGGACUGACUGAACGUGAAUCUUUUAGGUUUGCAUCUGUCAGCCAUGAUCUAAAAUACUGAUGUUUUCCUGGCUACAAGGCGAAGGCACACCAGUUUGUUUCAGUACUGUCAUAUGAUUUAGUGCUGAAUUCAGGAAGUGAAUCAACUCAACAUGGCAUCCCUGCUGCUCUUCGGAUCACUGCUUUUACUCUCAGGAGUGGCUCAAGGGUCCAAUAACUCCAUCCCUCUGGUCAUAUGGCAUGGAAUGGGUGAUAACUGCUGCAACCCUCUGAGCAUGGGUGCUAUUAAGAAAAUGGUGGAAGAGGAGCUGCCUGGUAUAUACGUGCUGUCUCUCAUGAUUGGAAAGACUCUAAAAGAGGACACAGAAAGUGGAUUUUUCAUGGAUGUUAAUGAGCAAGUGGCCUUUGCGUGUGAUAAAAUAGCACAGGACCCUAAAUUGAAGGGAGGAUACAAUGCAAUGGGCUUCUCUCAGGGCGCACAGUUUCUACGUGCUGUGGCACAGAGAUGUCCUUACCCUCCAAUGAAGAAUCUCAUCUCAGUUGGUGGACAGCAUCAAGGAGUUUAUGGUUUGCCUCGAUGCCCUGGUGAGAGUUCUCAUAUUUGUGACUGGAUCCGGAAGGCACUGAACUCUGGGGCCUACACAGAUUUAGUGCAGAAACACUUGGUCCAGGCGCAGUACUGGCACGAUCCACUCAACGAUGACUUGUACAAACAGCAUAGCCUGUUUCUUGCUGAUAUAAAUCAAGAGCGGGUAGUGAAUGAGACCUACAAGAAGAACCUCAUGACUUUGGAGAAGUUUGUAAUGGUUAAGUUUCUACAAGACACCGUUGUGGACCCUGUGGUAUCCGAGUGGUUUGGCUUCUUCAAAACUGGUCAGGCUAAGGAGACUGAGACUUUGCAGGAAAGUGCUUUAUAUAAAGAGGAUCGCCUGGGACUGGCAGAGAUGGAUAAAGCUGGAAAACUGGUCUUUCUUGCUAGUGAUGGAGAUCAUUUACAAUUUACUAAGGAGUGGUUCAAUGCCAAGUUACUCCCAUAUUUGCAGUAAUCUCCCAGCUGUCUGUGUUAAUAGCAGAUCAGUAACAAGAAGAGACAGAACCGAUAUGCUCACAUACCCUAAUGCUGGAUUACUUAUGUAUAUCAGUUUAAUGACACAUUAUGUACUAACUAUAAAUCAGGUCAAUUUUAUUGCACUGAUGUUUUGCUUCCUUAAGUUGACCUGAGUGAAAUCAGAUUCACCUGACCUUUAACCUGAAUUCAUAAAGCUUCAUAAUAGGUCUUAAAUUUGAGUUCAAACCUAUAAACAGUAGAAUAUUCUGUAUCUUGUGUUCAAGUGGUUGUUAACAUUUAUGGGAAAACAUUUGGACUUUUCAGCAAGAGUAGAUGAAAACGAUGUAAUUAAACUAAAUUCCAGGCAGUCACAACAUAAUUCAAAGGUUUCUAAUCUUACUAUAACAAUUUUCACAACCAUGUGACUGUGCUGAAUUUUCUGCUUGAAGUUUUUUUUUAACUUACUAGUUUUAUUUUUACAUAAAUGUUUUAAGACCCAAAUUUCAUUAUUAUUUUAUAUUACUAUCAUUUUAAAUUUUCAGUAAAAUGUAAAUUUCAGUCAAAUUAUGCAUCCCUGUUUCUUUCAAGCUUAUUUUAUUAAAUGGGCUCCAGGUUCUGGUGGAUCUGAUUUACAGAACCGACUGAUUUUUGCAAAGCCAUCAGAUUCUAAUGUGAAUGUGUACUUUAUGUGAAGGCAAUUAAUAAAAACUCAAGUUUUACUAUUCUCAUUA